UUCUCUCAUUCCCUUGACGGCUCCAGUCGCGCCAAGUUGCUCAACACGCUGCGGUUGAGUUCUUCUACAGUCCCAUGACUCUUUCAACGACUCCUGUUGUAACUUCAUUCAGGAUUUGAUUGUUUUUUAGAACGUUUAAAGGCAACUUUUCCAUCAUUGAAAAGUACCGUCGCAGAUCCAGGAACCUUGGAAAUGUGGAUGUUGUGAUCGAAGGAAUGGCGGUCUGUUAGGAAUGUUCAUAACUUUAAUAUUAGAUAGGGGGCUUUUUUUGAGUAACAUCAACCUGGAUUUGAAAACGGGACUAAAACAAAAGAUGCUGUGUUGUUUGUUUGUUGCUGCUUGUGUUGGGCUGAUUUCGGGUAGUCUAACGAGCUGUGAUGAAGUGCGCAAAGUUUUUCAGCUGCGGCAGAUUGGACCAGUGAAAUCACUGCCCGAGAGACCGAGAGAAGGUUCGGACCUCCAGGUGUGCCAGUCCAGGAACCUGACAUGCUGUUCUAAGAAGAUGGAGGAGAGGUAUCAGGUGGCGGCCCGGCGGGAUGUUCAGAACCUCCUCCAGACCUCCUCCGCCAGCCUCAAGUUCCUCAUCUCCAGGAACGUAGCAGCCUUCCAAGAAAGCUUUGAGUCUCUGAUAAAGGCAUCAGAGAACCACACCAACCUGGUCCUCCAGGCGUCGUACCGCAACAUGGCUGGGGAGGCGUCAGGUCUGGUGAGAGAGUUGUUCACUGACGUCGGCCUCUUCCUCCUUGGCUCCGAACUCAACGUUGAUGACAUCACCAGCCGCUUCUUCGACGCUCUCUUCCCAUUGGUUUACCACCACCUCAUCAACCCCAGCCUCAGCCGCGUCACCCCCGGUUACGCCGAGUGCGUCCGCUCCGCCCGCCGCGAUUUGUCCCCGUUCGGCGCCGCUCCGGGAGUCCUAGCCAAUCAGAUCGGGAGGUCGGGGGUCGGGGGUCGUGUGCUGUUACAGGCGUUGCACCUCGGCGUGGAGGUGAUCAACACCACGGAUCAUCUGGUGUUCAGCAGGGAGUGUCGUAGAGCUCUGCUCAGGAUGCAGUACUGUCCCCACUGCCACGGACUCACCCUGUCUAAACCCUGCAUGGGCUACUGUCUCAACGUGAUGCGUGGCUGUCUGGCUAGCAUGGCUGAGGUGGACCCCCAUUGGAGAGAAUUCGUGAGGUCGUUAGAGGGGCUGUCGGCACGCAUGCACGGAUCUCAGGACCUGGAGCAAGUGCUGCUGGGAGUUCAUGCCGUCGUCCACGACGCCGUCGCACAUGCUCAGAGGAACGGGCAACACCUCUCGGCACAGGUGUAUAAAGUAUGUGGUCGUCCCAGUAGACAGCCUGCCCAGUCAGUCAGCGGUCAGCAGGACGGAGAGUCCAUCCCUCUCAAAGCCUUCAUCGGAGAAACAGGAAACAGCCUGGCUACCAGGAGGAAAGAGUUCCUGAACAGUCUGCGUUUGUACCGUACCUUCUACGGUGGCCUGGCGGACCAGCUGUGUGUGAACCAGCUGGCCUCCGCCGAUGGACUGGCCUGCUGGAACGGAGCCGACGUUGUCAAGAGGUACGUGACCCCCCCCGCGCAAAGGAGAAACUACGAGCCCGUCACCGUUCCCAUCAAGCAUCUCUUUCUGUUUGUCUCCUCCUCCUCUGUUCCCCUGGGGGAGCUGUCCUCCUCCUCUGUUCCCCUGGGGGAGCUGUCCUCCUCCUCCGUCCCCCAGGGGGAGCUGUCCUCCUCCUCUGUUCCCCUGGGGGAGCUGUCCUCCGUUCCCCUGGGGGAGCUGUCCUCCGUUCCCCUGGGGGAGCUGUCCUCCGUUCCCCUGGGGGAGCUGUCCUCCUCCUCUGUUCCCCUGGGGGAGCUGUCCUCCUCCUCUGUUCCCCUGGGGGAGCUGUCCUCCUCCUCCGUCCCCCAGGGGGAGCUGUCCUCCUCCUCUGUUCCCCCAGGGGGAGCUGUCCUCCUCCUCUGUUCCCCCAGGGGGAGCUGUCCUCCUCCUCUGUUCCCCUGGGGGAGCUGUCCUCCGUUCCCCUGGGGGAGCUGUCCUCCUCCUCUGUUCCCCUGGGGGAGCUGUCCUCCUCCUCUGUUCCCCUGGGGGAGCUGUCCUCCUCCUCCGUCCCCCAGGGGGAGCUGUCCUCCUCCUCUGUUCCCCAGGGGAGCUGUCCUCCUCCUCUGUUCCCCUGGGGAGCUGUCCUCCGUUCCCCUGGGGGAGCUGUCCUCCUCCUCCGUUCCCCUGGGGGAGCUGUCCUCCUCCUCCGUUCCCCUGGGGGAGCUGUCCUCCUCCUCUGUUCCCCUGGGGGAGCUGUCCUCCGUUCCCCUGGGGGAGCUGUCCUCCGUUCCCCUGGGGGAGCUGUCCUCCGUUCCCCUGGGGGAGCUGUCCUCCUCCUCUGUUCCCCUGGGGGAGCUGUCCUCCGUUCCCCUGGGGGAGCUGUCCUCCUCCUCCGUUCCCCUGGGGGAGCUGUCCUCCUCCUCCGUUCCCCUGGGGGAGCUGUCCUCCUCCUCCGUUCCCCUGGGGGAGCUGUCCUCCUCCUCCUCCGUUCCCCUGGGGGAGCUGUCCUCCUUCUCCUCCUCCUCCUCCGUCCCCCAGGGGGAGCUGUCCUCCUUCUCCUCCUCCUCCUCCGUUCCCCUGGGGGAGCUGUCCUCCUCCUCCGUUCCCCUGGGGGAGCUGUCCCCCUCCUCCGUUCCCCUAGGGGACCUGUCCUCCUUCUCCUCCUCCUCCUCCGUCCCCCAGGGGGAGCUGUCCUUCAGACACUAUUCAAAUCCCCAGCAGAGUCAACAGUGUUUGAUUCAAAUCCCCAGCAGAGUCAACAGUGUUUGA